CCCGCCCCACUUUAUUUCUGCGUUGUUUGGGGACAGUAGGAAGAUGGCGGCGGCCCCGCUGUACUGUGUCUGCCGGCAGUCCUAUGAUGUGAGCCGGUUUAUGAUUGAAUGCGACCUCUGUAACGACUGGUUUCAUGGCAGGUAUGGAGAUUACACCUUCCUUGAAACAUGCAAUCGAUUUAACCAGCUAAACUAACAGCAGGUGCUUGGGAAUAAGCGAUGAUUGUCUUGUGGUUGUGAUUGCUAUUUGUGGGUCUUCACGGGUCUCUCACUCUGUUGACACCUAGAGCUAGUUAAACUUUACAAAAUAGUAAAUAACUGAGCUAGUGUGUUUUUAUUUCCAUUAUACAUAUUGGGAGUUAGUAUUUGACUGUACUUAUUGGGCUAUUAAUCGUGUGUCUUGGAGGUUUGAAUGUCCUUGCCGACAGCAGCUUGUCAAAAGAAAUUAGCUUAACGUUACUAGUUUGCUACCGUUAGCCAGCUAGCUAAGCUUGUGUGUGACUAAUUGUGAAUCUCAGUGAUCAAAGCCAGCCCUUUACAAAUGUGGUUCUGUUGAAAGAAGCCUUAGCCUAUCCAAUUGAUUUGAGAACAAACUUGCCUGGUUAUCGAUUAAAGGCAUGGGUUCUGAUUUUAAUCCAGUUUGUCAUCCUUUACUAUUGAGUUGGGUUAAUGCUAGUCUGAUUAAUCAGUCUCAAAUAUACAAUAAUUGUGUAUUACAGCCUGAUUAAUCAGACUAGGUUCGUGCAUGUGACAGCCUGACCUGACCCUAAUGGACUUUCCUAUUGGAGAAUUUAGGCCACGUGCUUUUGUGAAUUCGAUUGAUGUUCCAUUUCAAUCUCUUGCACAUUCUUGGUGGCAUCACUUCACUAGCCAAGUGACCUCUUGCAUGGAUCAACAUUUUUAGGAGUAAACUACAUAAAUCCUACUAUUUGAGUGAGUGUCCUCAUUUGGCCUCGUUUGUUUUUAUCCCUAACUAUUUAGUGGCCAAAAACCUAAGAUGAGAAAAUAUGAUCAUUGUUAUUGUUGAGCUUUUGAUUGACAGCUCGAGGUUGGGUAUUUAAAUCCCCCAUUUCACCUGAAAAUAAGCACAUGUGGUAUACCCCUAGUGGAAGAAGGGCAGUAUUGAGUAGAAAAUAAAAACUAAAAUGAAUACAAUAGCAGUUUGGCUUGUGUGGAAAUGACAAAGCUGUUGUGUAACUACACUCUGUAGACUGCCAAGAACUCAACGCCCAAAAUGAUGGGAUGCCUGAGCCAGGGUAGACUGGGUCUGUGUCAUGUGCCAAAAGAGGAACAAACAUUGGAGCGUCCCCAUUGACCAAUAACACACGCGUGCACACUGCUCUGCUCCAAAACCAGGGGUUCUCUACCACUCUUUCCCAUGAGGCUCGCCAGAAGGAAGUGGCAAGCCUCUGGCUGUGGAUGGUAUGCAAACGUAGUGGAAAGCGGAGAAGCUGCCAUGCCUGCUCCGGAAUCCUGGUGCCCGCUUGUCAGCACACCGCCAUACUGCCCCACUGUGAGCCGGGGUCGUGUCUAGCUGCCUGCCUGGCCGGGAGGGCAUCUGUUUUCUCUCACCAGUGACUGAACCCUGGAUGCACAUAUACACCCGUAUGGCUCCCAGACGGAACUAGCCAGAGUAGCCAAACCAAAGUGCUCUGUGUUGUUUCUAAGGUGUAGACUAUGGACCAGGUAGGGUGCGGGAGACAGAAAUAGUGCCCUGCUAGUUUGUACACACUGUACACUACAGGCAUGUACGUAGGGCCUGUGCAGGAAAAGAGCCUCACUUCCACUCAGCAGGCCUGUGCUGCGGAUGCUUUUGCUAAAACUGUUGUGAUAUCACUAUACUGAAACUGAAACAUUGCAUUACGAACGACAACAAACCCCGUAUGGCGUCAGUGGCUCACGUUGGAGCCCACAGACCUGUGUCUCUCUCCAGGCUGCGUGGGUGUGACUCCCAGCUCCUGUCUGGUUCUGGUAGAGUGUGUGUGGUAGUAGUGAGAGAGCAGAGACUGGAUGGGACACAGGGGAAUGAUUGAUGGUAGCUCCACAGAGCCAAGUUCAAUGUACCAUCCAUCAUUAUGUCCUACACUCUCAGCCAGGGGAAAAGACUGAAGAGAGAUGGAUGCUCUCCCCUGUCCUCCUCAUAAUGUUGUGAGAGAAUUUGAAUUUGUGGGAGAGCUUGUGUUUUUAGUUUAGUGUGUGUGUGACUCUGACCUCAGUUGAUGGUUAGUAUCAUGUUUACAUUCAUUAGUGGGGUCUUUGUGUCUCUGGGGUAGGCCAAUGACAUUACUCUCAGAUUGAUCAAUGCUGAUUAGGAGGUCAACAGCGUCGUAUUGAUUUCCAGUCGUUUAGAGUCACGGUAUAUUAGUUGGUCCGCUAAUGAUGAUGACACAAGGGCGAACUUGAAUUCAGACUGCUUCUGCAGAUGAGGGGAAACGGGGAGAAUGGACCAAUGUUUUGCGCUCUUGGAAAUGCAAUGAGGAGUUGAAAGUAGGAUUUUACUAAGAAUAGCCACAUUUAGCUGAGUGCAUUCCUUUUAUCAAUCUGACAGAAACCCUCUGAAAAGUAGCAUGGCAAGUUGCAACACAGCCUGAUUGACACCUACUUUGCCUACAUACAGUGGGGGAAAAAAGUAUUUAGUCAGCCACCAAUUGUGCAAGUUCUCCCACUUAAAAAGAUGAGAGGCCUGUAAUGUUCAUCAUAGGUACACGUCAACUAUGACAGAUAAAUUGAGGGGGAAAAAUCCAGAAAAUCACAUUGUAGGAUUUUUAAUGAUUUUAUUUGCAAAUUAUGGUGGAAAAUAAGUAUUUGGUCACCUACAAACAAGCAAGAUUUCUGGCUCUCAAAGACCUGUAACUUCUUCUUUAAGAGGGUCCUCUGUCCUCCACUCGUUACCUGUAUUAAUGGCACCUGUUUGAACUUGUUAUCAGUAUAAAAGACACCUGUCCACAACCUCAAACAGUCACACUCCAAACUCCACUAUGGCCAAGACCAAAGAGCUGUCAAAGGACACCAGAAACAAAAUUGUAGACCUGCACCAGGCUGGGAAGACUGAAUCUGCAAUAGGUAAGCAGCUUGGUUUGAAGAAAUCAACUGUGGGAGCAAUUAUUAGGAAAUGGAAGACGUACAAGACCACUGAUAAUCUCCCUCGAUCUGGGGCUCCACGCAAGAUCUCACCCCGUGGGGUCAAAAUGAUCACAAGAACGGUGAGCAAAAAUCCCAGAACCACACGGGAGGACCUAGUGAAUGACCUGCAGAGAGCUUGGACCAAAGUAACAAAGCCUACCAUCAGUAACACACUACGCCGCCAGGGACUCAAAUCCUGCGGUGCCAGACGUGUCCCCCUGCUUAAGCCAGUACAUGUCCAGGCCCGUCUGAAGUUUGCUAGAGUGCAUUUGGAUGAUCCAGAAGAGGAUUGGGAGAAUGUCAUAUGGUCAGAUGAAACCAAAAUAUAACUUUUUGGUAAAAACUCAACUCGUCGUGUUUGGAGGACAAAGAAUGCUGAGUUGCAUCCAAAGAACACCAUACCUACUGUGAAGCAUGGGGGUGGAAACAUCAUGCUUUGGGGCUGUUUUUCUGCAAAGGGACCAGGACGACUGAUCCGUGUAAAGGAAAGAAUGAAUGGGGCCAUGUAUCGUGAGAUUUUGAGUGAAAACCUCCUUCCAUCAGCAAGGGCAUUGAAGAUGAAACGUGGCUGGGUCUUUCAGCAUGACAAUGAUCCCAAACACACCGCCCGGGCAACGAAGAAGUGGCUUCGUAAGAAGCAUUUCAAGGUCCUGGAGUGGCCUAGCCAGUCUCCAGAUCUCAACCCCAUAGAAAAUCUUUGGAGGGAGUUGAAAGUCCGUGUUGCCCAGCGACAGCCCCAAAACAUCACUGCUCUAGAGGAGAUCUGCAUGGAGGAAUGGGCCAAAAUACCAGCAACAGUGUGUGAAAACCUUGUGAAGACUUACAGAAAACGUUUGACCUGUGUCAUUACCUACAAAGGGUAUAUAACAAAGUAUUGAGAAACUUUUGUUAUUGACCAAAUACUUAUUUUCCACCAUAAUUUGCAAAUAAAUUCAUAAAAAAUCCUACAAUGUGAUUUUCUGGAUUUUUUUUGCUCAUUUUGUCUGUCAUAGUUGACGUGUACCUAUGAUGAAAAUUACAGUCCUCUCUCAUCUUUUUAAGUGGGAGAACUUGCACAAUUGGUGGCUGACUAAAUACUUUUUUCCCCCACUGUAUCAUGCUUGAAUAUUAGAAGGAUAAGCUCUGCUGCACUAAAGGCCAAUCCAGUUUCUCUGCCAGUGUAAUCAUGUGUUGACAGAUCUAGUGGGAGUGGCAGAGACUGAGUUAGUGUGUACUGUGAAGGCCUAGGUGUAUGAGGCUCACUAAAAGAGGUAGGCCUAUGUUGAGAGCAUGUGUGAGAAGACACAAGCCCAGUCCCCAACCGCCUUAGAAUAAAUUACUCAGUUCAACAUGAGAGCCUCAAGGCAAUGCAACCUGCACCAUAAACAAUGAAGUUGUUCCACUUCCUCCCCGGGGGAACUGCAAUGCUCCAUAAACAACAAAGCAGCAAUCCUCUUUUGUUGUUUUCCAGCUGCCUACAGAGAAGUGCUUGUACCAUAAGCUGUCUGUAGAAGCUUAGUGACGUGGGUUAAUGGUGUAGAGAGGUUGUUGUGUACUAAGGCCCUUCAUCAGUGCAUUAUACCCCAUUGAUAUGACCGGUAUCCUUUCCAUUUCUCAGUGAGGGUUCAAAUGGUCUGAUUUAUGCCCACUUGGACCUAAUAUUUGGAAAGGCUGGAGUCAGGUGCCCUUUGGGUCUAAAUGAACCCAGGCAGGUGUGUUUAUCUGCCCUCACCCCCCCUCCCCAUCACCCAUCCUUUCCCCCAUUAUCCAUUAGCUAUCUGCCAGUUCUCUAAUGUAGGCGUGUCGGAGCCCUAUGCAGGGGGGUUAUUAAGUGCUUAAAGUAAUGGCUGAGCCCGCCUACAACCCUUUGUGUGUCUCUGCUGAUCAUUGAGACACAAUGAACCCCUCACAGUACAUAGACUAAUGAAUAACCCCAGUCACACAGGAAGGCAGGCAGCUCCACAACAGAGGAAGUAGAGGGAGAGGAGCUGAUGGCGGUGGGAUAGUUGACAACUCUCCUGAUUCAGGACAGGAUGUUUAGCCUAUAGAGAUAGAUAGAGAACUCAUGGAUAUAACCUAUUUUAGCAUGGACAUUGCCAUCGACGGCCUCCACCCUUUUAAAGUAGGCAACUGGGUGUGGAUUCUUAGGAGUUGGGAGCAAUCAGCCAAUGAAGAAGAACAUGUACUACUUUAAAAUGAAGAUUGCCUCAAUGGCGCUGUCCAUGCUGUCACGCUAUAAUGGCACAGAUACAAAGAUGAGUCCUCUGUCUAUCUCUAUGGUUUGACCUCAUGCUGCUAGGCUGGUGUCUGCCCACUAUUGGCAGGGGACUGGCAUUGUUUCUGGGAGAGUGGUGAGACAGUGACAGACACACAGACCCAUAUUAGGCUUUAUUUCUCCCAGGGCUGAUGUCACUUGAUUUAUUACUAUACACUAAAUACCAAAGUUUUGUCUUCCACACAGCUCUUAACUUAAGCCAGAUUUAUAGUUUUGUUGUUGUCUUCGAUGGGGCAGCCUCAGUAGUUUUUAAAGAGUGAGAUUGAUUUGACUUCAAGGAAUCAAGGAUCAGUAGCUACACAAGUUGCAUCAUCAUCAACACUCCCCAGCCCACCAGUUUCCAAGUGACUCACCCAACCCGUCAUUCCUGCGCAAGGGAAGAAGCAGCGUCAGUGUGGUGGCACAGUGCCCUGCUUCUCGCUGUGCUGGUGUUACACAAGAUGACCAGGCAGAGGAGGCGGUGUAGGAGGUCUGCUUGGCUCAAUCCCUCCCUGGCUCACCUCAGCCACGCGCUCACUCUGUUGUGCGCUCUCUAGCAUGUCCCACCCCGACAGACAGGCAGGAUAAUUCAUGGCAGUCCUGGGGUGACAUAAUUGGUGCCGUGACUCAUGCUAGUCUCCCCAGCAAGGCCACUGAGCAACCUCAGGAGCCAAGAUUCCAGCCCACUGCUGCGUUCUACUCCGUCUUGACCGCUGACGUAGGAAGUGAGUGGAGGUGGACUGUGGAGGCCACUCGGUAGGGGGCAGGGUUAGGAUACUGAAGGAGUUUAUAGCAUUGGAUCUUCUAUAAAUGGUGCCCUGAGUUUUUCCUGAUGACCUGACCAGGAAAAAAUCUUAGCCCUCCCUAAAAUUAGGCAAGGUUCUCUUCCUUACCUCGGUUAUUACUCCCAGUCCCAACCUGUUAUAGCUUCAGGCUGUACAGUUAGUGAGCGUGUGUGCUGCUGUCUAUCAAUAUCCUGCUGAACAACAACCCAAUUGUUAAGUAGACUUAACCAGCAACAACACGCCACCAGAGGAAGUUCAGUUGUGACGCCGCUUCCUGCUGGCCUUUGUUUCUCUUGACAAUUUCCUGCAAUUUCCACUCAGAUCAACGCUGAUAGUGGCUGGUUAGAACUCUGUGUCCCCUCCCAGGCCCUCGGUGAAAAUAGAAUGCUAUUAUCUGCUAUUGAAACCUUUACUAUAUCCUCACACAGCACCUAGCCUCCAGGCUAACUCCUGGACCCUGAGUGAGCUGGAACUUUGAUGGCUGUCAUUUACCACCCUAAGCAAGUCCCCCAGUGUUUUUUGUUUUCACACUGAAAGGAAGAUUUCCACUGUUUGUGUCACUCCAAACUUCAGAGAGCAGGACCUCAACUAAUUAAAAUGUACCCACUGAAGACCAGUCACAGAGCAGGGAGAUUUGAAUGAGAGAGAGACUGCAGAGAGGGAAGAAGGUGGAAUUGCUUGAGAUUGGCAAAGUUGUUGCCCUUCUUCAUGAACUCAAAAGCCUCUUAAACUAGCUACUAGGGCAACUCAUAUUUUUUUAUUUUUUUGCAAGAAAACAGAUUGUGCCUAUGAAGAAAUAGGCCCUUAGUGUUUUAUGCUAUAUAGUCUUCCAUGUCAGAGCAGGAAAAUAUAUUAGCCCACAUUAGUCUCUGUCUGCUCGUCAGCUGAAACCAAAGUUUAGCUUAGACAAUUUUUCUCUUUGUUUACUUGAGAAGAAGCUCUUUAAAAGCUGGCUUAGAUUCCUCCCAUACCCCGUUGACACAAAAAUGCUGCCUGCAGUUUUUCUCCCUUUUUACACGCAUAAUGGCAACACUCAAAGCCUUUUAUUAUUCAGUGUUCUCUUAUGGAACAGAGCUUUGGUAUGCACCAGAGGAAUGUGUGUGUUACUGCCUGUGGUCUGGCUGUUGUGGGGCGGUCGGGGGUUUGGUGGUAUAGUGGUUUGAGUGACACGGACACUGUCUUAGUUCUGUGGGAUACUGAGACAAACACAUAGUUGUGACUCCCAGUCUGUUAAUAGCCAAUAGGAUAGGUCUGCCCCAGAGUGGCCUAGAGGUUAUUGUUAGAGCCCAGGAGGAAAACUCCUUGCCCUAACUAACUAACUCCUUGCCCUAACUAACUAACUCCUUGCCCUAACUAACUAACUCCUUGCCCUAACGCAACUGUCCUCCAGACCAAAAAUAACAAUUGCCUCCCAACUUCAAGGUUGCUUGCAUUUUCGUACCUCCUUUAAAAAAGUGAGGGGCCAAAAGGUCACCAGAGGUCAUCUUCCACGUACACUGUACUCUAGUGUUUCUGGCUCAAUGUUUACCUCUAACCUCUCUAUCCCCCCUCUGCUCCUCCUAUACCUCACUAUCCACAGCCACACAGACAGUCAGAACAGGGUGUCAGUUUAGCAAAACCAUGAUAUCUUAAGUCUCAUAUCUGGCCCAAAGGAUGACCCAGUGAGAGAAACUUGUAUGUGACCCCUUUUCUCAAACGCUUUAAAUCAUGUAAGUAGGAGUCCCCCCAGACAAAGUCAAUUAUUUCAUGCAGUGGACUGACUCCAUUGUGUACAAAACCCUCUUAAUCACUCUCACAAGCCCUCAAGCUGUCCAGAGCAUGGGCCCUAGAACCACCAUGGUUGGGGAUAUCAGUGAGAGGGAGUCUGUUUCCACAACAGCUUCUCUGGUGUUAUGAUCCUGGAGAGAACAGUCUCCUGUCCCGUCAGUUCAUUUAUUGGAUCUGACAGUGAAAACACAAUUGCGCUAACCUGGUCCCAGAUUUGUUUGUGCUGACUUGCCAACUCCUAUAGUCAAUGUGACGCCAAAUAUUGGGACCAGGCUAUCACGGUGCUGUCUGUUUAACAGUUGUGUAUAUACUGACAGUAAUAUGAUGUCUCCUGUCUCCUCACAGCUGUGUCCAGGUGGAGGAGCACCAUGCGGUGGACAUUGAUGUUUACCACUGUCCUAACUGUGAACCCCAACACGGACCCUCCUUGAGUCAGUAUUCCAGUCUGUGUUUGUGUGUAUCUCUCUGUCCAUCCUGUCUUCUCUCUGUCUUCUCUUCCUCGGUGGGUCUCACCAUCGCUUUCCUUCGCCCUCUCUUCCCCGUUUCUCUCCAAUCUGUCUUUCUACCAUCUCUCUCUCUUUAUCUCGCGCUCUCUCUCCAUUUAAUCUACCCCCGUGCCUGUUCUCCAUCCCUCCCCCUCUCCCCUCUCCCUCUCUCUCCCUCCAUGGCUGAUGGACUGUCCCCAGGAGAGCAGUAUGGUCUCCAGUCUGAUUUAGAGGAGGCUGACCCCUGAGAGCCCGGGGCCAGACAUUAACAGGCUAAUUGAAUGGGGCCGUAAUCCUUCCACUUAAAUUGGGCAUGGCCCUCACCUUGGCCUCUGUGCUAGGGAAUAUAUAUUAUCAAGACUAAUGACUAUUAUCCAUAAUUCACAAGGCUCUGUUGGUUUAAGUGAAGAAGAUUGAAUAAUACAGUAAAUAUUCGUCUCAGGUCUGUCACUGGCUAUAGUGAUCAUUUUCAGGGCCAGUGAAUGCUGUGGUGUUCUGUGAGUCUGAUGUUCUGCGUCUCUCCUCUUACAGUGAAAAAACGCAACAACUGGCACAGGCAUGACUACACAGAGCUGGACGAUGGCACCAAGCCAGUGCAGGCUGGCACCUCUGUGUUUGUCAAGGAGCUCCAGAACAGGACCUUUGCCAGGUAGAUGCCCAGAACACCAACCACCAAGGACUCUGAUGCCAAGCUAUGAACAAGACUGUGAUCUUUGUUUUAGUCACAAUGCUAAACAUGUAUUAUGUUCUCAAUUUCCCUCAUUGGGUUGAACAUAUCAAGAGGAAUUUGCCAUUAACCAUUGUCUCUGUCUGUGUGUGUUGCAGUGGGGAUGAGAUCCUGCAGUGGAUGCCUGGGGAGCAGGUGACCCAGAGGUACCUGGAAAGCCACGGCUGGCAGUACCCCAUCGCUGUGUCCAACAUGGAGGGACUGGGACUCAGGCUGCCUCCACCAUCCUUCUCUGUCAAAGAUGUGGAGCAAGUUGUCGGUAAGGACAUGGAGAGCGAGAGUGUAUACUGUUUGUUUGUGUGUGUACUGUUUGUGGGUGGGUGUGGGCAUGCUCAAGCACCCUGGGUUUGAUUUGCUCUGUCUAUUUGCAAACAUCCCCGGAGUCAAAGUAAAUAAAUGGAGUAGCAGGGCAGAAAUGUAACAUGUAGAACAACAAACUAAGUCUGAUCACCAACCCAUUCAAUGCCUGUCUACUGCAUGGGAUGCCUAUUUGAUAUGACGUAUGUUAGCUAUACCUAUUGCUUUGAAAUAGAAUAUAAUUCAAAGCUAAUGAAUGCAUUCUCUGUCAGAUAGUGAGUGCCUAACUUUGCGUGGACGCCAUCUGUCCGUCAAACAAACAGGUUGCCAGGUUAAGAGUGUUGCCAGGUUCAGAGGGUAUUUACCCCCUUUAUCAAUCAUCUCCCAAUGGCUGAAUAAGCCCUAAAGGAGGGGAGGGCUAGUCUUACUCAGCCCCCAACAUGACCACCUCCGCUCUUUUAUAGAAUAGAAAGGCCUGGUACCACAAGGCUCCUAUUACAAGCCCAUUACUAACCCACAGCUAUCUGGGCCGACUGGACGCCCAACACAACCCAAACCCGCUUGUGUUUUUAUCAUUAAGUUCUCUGCCAUGCUCUGUUGAGCAUUAAGCUGCUCUGAUGUGAAGCAGCACAGGUGUUUUGACUGGGUGGAGACAGAACACUAGGAGGAUCGGGUUACCUACCUCCUUACAGUUAGGACACAAUGGGGGACAGGCCUGGAACCUGCUGUCUCCUGGGGUUACCCAAGCCUAGACUAUGGUCGGCCAGCUUAGGAUAAACCGCAUGGCAUUUGUCACCUCCCAGUACUUAAAAUUGUGUGGUUAAUGUCGUUCCUCCUUGGGGGUAGGUUGAGUUUUCAGUCUAAAUAUAAUGUGAAUGGAUUGUGUCUGUAAGAACCCUACAUUGUCUAGCUGGAGUGAAAGCCAGGUGUAGACACAUUGCUUAAAACACAUACAUAGUUUGACCUCAUCCACCUCUGGCCUGCUAGCUCCCCUACCUCUACAGAAGCACAGUUCCCGCUCAGCCCAGUCAAAGCUAUUUGCUGCUCUGGCACCCCAAUGGUGGAACAAGCUCCCCCACGACGCCAGGACAGCGGAGUCACUGACCACCUUCCGGAGACACUUGAAACCCUACCUCUUUAAGGAAUACCUGGAAUAGUAUAAAGCAAUCCUUCUACCCCCCCCCCCCCAUAUAAAAAAAAAAAGAAGGAAAAAAUGUGGUUAUCCCACUUGCUAUCCUAAGUUGAAUGCACCAAUUUGUAAGUCGCUCUGGAUAAGAGCGUCUGCUAAAUGAUGUAAAUGUUUGACCGUGUGCUAUGGCCACUAUAUAAAGGUGGAGUAUUUACUAUGGUCUGUUUUGGGGUUGUUGGCUGGUAGUGACUGAGCACACACCAUUCUGCUCUCUCUGUUUGGCUCGCUACCCUAACUCCAGCUGUUCCCUGUCAUCAGACACUGGCCAGCUGGACCCCCCGUGUGUGUGUGGUGUGUAGGGGGUUGGGGAACAUUAGGGAGGUGUGUGUGGGGUGGUGGUGGUGGGGAUCACACAAGCACCAGCUGUCCUGUCCCUACACUGUCCCCGUCCCUCUCUCUCUCUCUCUCCCCGGCCUUCACUGUGCCGUUUGAUUCACUGCCUCCCAGCUGUGUGUGUGUGUGUGCUGGUAGCUUUUUACCUCACACACACACACACAUUAAAGACCGUGGCCCCCUCCCCAGUCUCUACCUCUGGGACUCAUAUGGACUGGACAGAUUGUCUGCCCCACUCCAUCCGCUCCUUUGGUGUAUUGGAUGUGCCAGUCUCUCCCGUAGGAGUUGUACAGAGACAUGGAAAUGCCAGAGAGCUUCAGAGUUCAGAUCCCCUCGCCCACUGACACCCAUUAAAAAUCCUUACCCUGGUGUCAAUGUCACUUCAAUAGGAAUGGUCCUUUCUCUUGGCCAAAUGUAUUAUAUCUGAAUGAAUGGUUCAACUGUUAGACUGUAGACAGAAAAGGAUGAUCAUUCCAUGGGCAGACUGAUACUACUUUUUGCUGUCUGCUCAACUAUAUGACCUUGAGUGUAAACGGCUUCGGCAUCAUUCUCUUGUCGUCCACAGGCGGUGACAAAGUCAUUGACGUCAUCGACGUGGCCAGGCAAACAGACAGCAAGAUGAAGCUGAAAGAGUUCGUCAAGUAUUACUACAAGCCUCAUCGGCCCAAGGUGCUCAACGUUAUCAGCCUGGAGUUCUCUGAUACCAAGUAAGUUGUGAUGUGGUCCUACUUCUAAUACUCCAUUGCUGACUCUCUUUCUAUUCAAAUGGAUACAUUUUAAAUGAAUGCUUUUUACAAGACAUGCAAACAGAAACCAAGAGUAACCACUGACUGCUGUCAAGUUGAGUCGUUCAUGAUGCAUUUUUGGGUGCUACAAAAACACAUACAACACAAGGGGAAAAACAAGAAUGAACACAAACAAUCAAAAUUCAUUCUGCCGCAUGUACCGCUCAUGACGAAAGUGAUCAAACAAUUUUAUCAAUAAUAUCAUUAUUCAGUACAUUUCAGCCCUUUUACUGUGAUUUGACCCUCUUAAGUAGCCGUACCUCUCUUACCACAUUCUCUGUCCUCCAGGAUGGCAGAUCAGGUGGUGGUACCUAACGUAGCUCAGAAGAUGUCCUGGGUGGAGAACUACUGGCCAGAUGACUCCUUCUUCCCCAAACCCUUUGUCCAGAAGUACUGCCUCAUGGGGGUCAUGAACAGCUACACUGACUUCCACAUAGACUUCGGGGGCACCUCUGUGUGGUACCACGUUCUCUGGGUGAGUGUGUGUGUGUGUGUGUGUGUGUGUGUGUGUGUGUGUGUGUGUGUGUGUUAGUUACAAGUCCUACAUGAGUGCUAGGCUAUCAAAUCCUAGCAGUGAGCUAAGUGCAGUUUGUCGUAGUUUGGCAAGUCAAUAAAAUCAACUCUGUCCACACAUUGUUUGGUGAUAAAUCGAUGGCCUGGCUCGCUCUUUGGCAUUCCCCUCACCACUUGUAAUGCUCGCUGACAUUUAAUCAAGUGUGUUUGUACAUAGGGGGGCUAUUUAGAGCAAUCUAGGCUGAUUGGGUACCCUGGCGGAAGUUGACCUCAGCAGUACAUUUAGUCGUCGGCAAGCUCCAGGGGAAAUUCUGUCCCCAGCCGUGGUAAUAAUGAUCCCUCCAACGGCAACAAAGUAACCAACAGCUGCUAAUCACAAACUACGCUUUGUGUUCAUGGUGACUUCACCAGGCUGGCUGGCAGGAACUCUCGUUAGCUAUAGAAGCAAUAUUGCAGCUCAGCUUGGGAAAAAGAGUGCUGGGAAAUGCACCCAAAUGGAAGAACAAACCCCUGGUGUGUAAAAGUCAACCACAUCUGUGUGUCUCUGAAAUGAAACAUUUUAGCAGACAUCUAAGUGCUCCUAAUUUUAUAGUCACAUUGUGACGUUUCAUGGGUUAAGAUGCUUUUUCAAAAAGGAACUCUCAUUAACUCUCUCUACUCUCCUUGUGUUUCCAGGGUGAGAAGAUAUUUUACAUGAUCAAGCCGACCCAGGCCAACCUUGCACUAUACGAGGCGUGGAGCUCCUCCCCCAACCAGAGUGAAGUGUUCUUCGGGGACAAGGUGGACAAGUGCUACAAGUGUGUCGUGCAGCAAGGAACCACGCUGCUCAUCCCCACAGGUGUGUGUGUGUGUCACAGGAGGUUGGUGGCACCUUAAUUGGGGAGGACGGGCUCGUGGUAAUGGCUGGAGCGGUAUAGGUGGAAUGGUAUCAAACACAUAGUUUCCGUUCCAGCCAUUAUUAUGAGCAGUCCUCCCUUCAGCAGCCUCCACUGGUGUGUGUGCGCAAGCAUUUGGUCUUUAUUUGUAUUCUCUUGUAACAGGCCAUGUAUUUAGUUUUCCUGAGAACAGCUAAACAGGCUUGUGUUCCUGGAACUGCAGUAGUGGAUGUAGAGGGGUCACCACUGAUGAUGUAGACUGGCCCUGUGACCGUGUGACACAGGAACCCCUCUGGAAUUAGACAGUGUCCCUAAAAUACCUUUUCCACUGUGUCCUUAAAUACCUCUCUCACAUUCCUGCUUUUGGUGAUCUAUAAAUAGACUAUCUGGUAGCCUUGUUUGCCCCUCCAUAGAGAAACCAGUCUACAUCAUCAAAGUAGACAGAAACAAAACAGUCUAGUUUCCCAGGGUGCCUGCCAGGAAAAUUACUCCCUUUUUAAAACACUGAUGACAUGUCAUUGCCGAGAGAAUUUGGAAACAGCAACAGCUUAGACAUUAGACACACGUCUAUAUUUUCAUAACACAAUAGAAAGUGCCCUAAUGGAAUAAUUGCACGGGUAAUGUCAUGAAAGCGACCAUAUUAGAAGCGCUUGGGCCUACUUUAUCCUCAGCAAACCCUCUGCUUUAGCAUGUGACUUGUAAUUCACCUCUCACAUUCCUCCCCAUGUCUUGAUGACGUAACACGUUUAGAGAGCCCUGAAAGGGCGAGCGCAGUAAGCAGAACCUCAUGGUUAACACAUGCCCGUUGUUCUCCUCGGUAACUACAGAUGGCUUUUAGAGUGCGACUUGUCAUCAGUUGGUUUCACUCAUGUCCUUAGUGAUUUACCCUGAUCUCACAGUCUCCGUUAUCACCACAUGGAUCCUUCCAUAAGCUUACCUAAUGGGGGAGUCGUAUUACAUUUGUAGAACACAGGAUUCCAUGUUUUUUUGCCUAUGGAGAGCACCUGAGGUUCAUGUAAAACUAUACAGGAUAUGUAAUCGGUUCAGAACAGCAAUGGUGUGCAACUCAAGCAACAGACUUUUCGCAAGUUCAGGGUAUCCAUACAUUUCUGUGUCAAUACUCCCAUAGGAACAAGAAGAAACCCCACACGUUUUAAAAUGCUCCCAAAGUUGUAUACCUUGAGUAAAGGUUAUGACUAAUCAGGACCAGGGCUGCAGCUGUGUCUUCUCCAGGGGGUUAAGGGAGUGUGGAGAGGUGGGAUAGAGAUUUGGGGAGGGGGUAGAGCACAACAUACUUGGCUGCUUAACCCCGUCACCCCGUAACCCUGUCAGUGCCUGCUGUGUCACCUCCGUCUCUGCUUUCUGUCACCUCCGGAGGUAUAAAGAGCACUGCUUUAUCUGAGAGCAGGGCAGAAAGUCCUCUUACCCACCGCCUGGCUCUUAUGUCAGUGCCUUGUGUUUAACCUGACCAGGUCAGGCUGGCCUGAGAUAACCCUGUAUGUUUGUGUUAUCAGGUCAGUGAUAACAGUGUGUGUGUGCGCGUGGGUUUUUAUCAGGUUGGUGUUUGUGUGUCAUACCAGGUUUCCAUCCAACUUAUUUUAUGCGAGUAAAGUAGAUGUCAGAUAGAGAAUGUGACGACAGACCUGAUGGAGACACAAAAUGUGUCGUCAAAACAAAAUACGCUAGACAAGGUGGGAUCUUUUUGUGUCUGUAAAGUUAUUUAUGCGAUGGAAACCAUCAUAUCGAAGUAAACUUGGAGUCACACGAUAUGUUGUGUGGUAUUCCCACUACGAUUCGGGAAAGCAUGCAGUUUAUUAGACUACAGAUGAAAUAAUAAGUCAUAAUGAACUUCACAGGGUGGUGAAAGUGCACGGUGAUGAGCUUGAUGCUCCUUUCCAAUAAAUAUCAAGGGUCUUAUUCUGGUGACAUGAUGAUCGAUGCUUGCCUGCCGUUUUGGCAAAUACAACACCUAGCCACAGUGUCCUUGUAUUAUCACAGUCAGCAAGUCAAACGUUGACUGUGUGUGUGCUGCCCUCUGCAGGAUGGAUCCAUGCCGUCCUCACCUCUCAGGAUUGCAUGGCGUUUGGAGGCAACUUCCUCCACAACCUCAACAUUAGCAUGCAGCUCAGGUGUUACGAGAUGGAGCGUCGUCUGAGGACCCCAGACCUCUUCAAGUUUCCCUACUUUGAGGCUAUCUGCUGGUAUGUGGCCAAGAACCUGCUGGAGACCCUGAAAGGUGAGCAACAAAAUCCACAAAAUACUACAAUAUAUUUUAUUGGCUUUUUAUUUUAUUUCACAAGCAUCAUAAAAAAACAUAUAUAAUGACUUUGUUCUCUUUCUCAGAGUUGCGAGAAGACAACUGUCCGCCCCAGACCUACCUAGUGGAGGGAGUGAAAGCUUUAAUCAGUCCACUGAAAACCUGGCUGAAGAGAGAGGUGAGGGGCACAGAAUGAAAUGGAACAUUUCUGUUCUUUUAACAUUGUAUCUAUGGGUGAGGGUACUGGCUUCACCUUCUCUAUACUGCACCUGACUCUACAAUGUUGGCUGAUGAAUAUCUAGACUGAAUGGUUUCGCCCAGCUGAGCUCUGAUUGAGGGGGGGGGGGAUCUGAUGGCACUGUGCCAGUGGUGGAAACAGAGCCUCUCUGUUCAACUCCACCCUCAUUGUGUGUGGAACAUUCUGUCUGCAGGUUACCGAGCCCACCAGCGAGGUCCCAGACCAUAUCAGGCCCAACCAUCUCAUUAAAGAGCUGACCAAGGAAAUACGUUACCUGGAGGUAAGGGCUGGGCUGGGGUCACAGGGGGUGGAGGGUUGAGGAGUGUCACCUUUGUGUAGGUGGAGGAGCACUCAAUCUGAGGGGUCAUUCUAAUUCAUCUUUCAGUAUCAUGCCGUAUGUCACUGAUGUGAUGGAUUUGCACCUCGUUUGUAACUGGCAAUCUUUCCCUUGCGACUUCCUUGUCCAUAGGCGUAGAGUAGAUUUUAAAGAUUGAGGUUGUGUUCAAACCACUCCCUCCUCUAAUGGUGUAAUGUUAUGUGUGUCCCAACAGGAGGACAAGGGCAGCAGUGGUGGCACCAACAAGCCAGUGAAAUCUCAGGGAAGUGGCGGAGGGCAGUGUCCGUCCACGCGCUCCACGCUGGAGAGGGUGUGCCCGGCUCGUCAGGCGCGGCGGGCAGCCCGGAAGCUCCGGGAGCAGCAGAAGCAGGAGGAGCAGGGUCCUAAGGUGCCCUCUAACCUGGAGAUCCUGGAGCUGCACACCAGAGAGGUGCUCAAGAGGCUGGAGGUGGGCCCUCUGGAGGAGGUGAGAGGAACAUGUCAAACUCCCACAACGCAAAACUAGAAUGUCACACAUUCUCUCGCAUAUGUCACAUUUAAAUGCCUUGUUAUUAUUGGAAAUAAUCAUUAGAUCAAUCAAUAAACCACAUUGCCAUUUUCUGUGCAUUACUCCUACAAAAAGCAAAAGUGUUCCCAUACUAUACAGAGUAAUACAAUUCAAUAGAAAGGUGUGAUACUUGUGUUGAAUGAGUCCUGAUCUCUCCUAUAACCCUGUCUCUGUGUACCACAGGACCCUACCUUCUGUCCCCCGGUGUAUGGGAAGUUCAACAUGGUGUCCACCGCCUCUGCCGCUGCUGCUGAGAACCCAGACACACACCUGCGUCUCACGCUGCACAACGGACGAAUCAUCCGAGACGCGAGGAGACCAGGUAGUAGCACGGCUAGCAGCCCGGUGAAGGCGGAGAGUGAGAGGUCGUCCGUGGGCCAACUGAAGAGCAGAGAGGAGAUGAAGACAGAGUCAGACCAGGAACAGCAGCACAGCAUUAUGGGAGGAGAGGAGAAACCAGACCACCUCAGUAAGUCAUGAUGCUGAAGCAAUUCAUGAUAUAUACUGUACAUUGUGUGGUUUAUAAUCUGACUCAACUUUAAGUUUAUUGACCUCAUUGUCUCAGACACACCAUGCUUUCUAAAGGGUCAUGUUGUUGACACAGACUAGUUCUAGUAGCCUGUUGACUUGGACACAGAGAGGGGAUGGUUCCUACCAUUCUGUGCUCUAUGGUUAAUGAGGCCUGAUUGCUUUCCCAGGGGGUCUUGAGAGGGUUAAGACUGAACUCAGGGAAGAAGCCUCAGGACUCUCCGACGUGUCGGACAUGGACUCGGACAGUGAUUCCAACACACAGGUACCUGAUAUUGACACUGUCUACCCCCAUUGUGGUUUUGUCUGUGAGAACAUAGCACUUAACACUGUCUGUUGUGUGUGUCAUCACUCAACCAUUUUCUCAUCUCUCUCCCCCUCUGCAGCAAAACACCUCUUCUGAGGAAGAUUCAGGGAGCUCCCAGAGUGAUGAUGAGGAGAGGGGCUCAUCCCAGAGGGCCGCGGGGCACACCAUAGAGCUGGACCAGACAGACCUGAACCUCCGGGACCAAAACAAGCCACUCAAAAGGUGGGUGAUCUGACCCACUGUGUGCGUGGGUGAGCUAAAGCACAGCUCCUGUUAUUGGAAUCACAACAUUUAUUUUUGCAAUUUUGUUAUUUAUUAAGGGAUGAUUUCUUGUAGAAGUGUCUAAAAGUUAAACAUUGAUAACGCCAUCGGUUUAGUAAUCUCAUAACGAUGGAGAUGGAAUUGGAUUUUAAACUGAAGCCUGUGCCAAUUAUGCAUACAAAGAUUAUAUUCAUAACUUCCCUUUUGAGUGGUAAAGAUAAGCACAGUUGGCUUUUAUGGAGUCUGGCAGUGGGCUGUAAUUGACUGUGUGUCUCUUCUUUCUGUCCCUGCAGAGAACGUCCUACCUCACCCAGCACAGAGGAGGCCAUUCAGGGCAUGCUGUCCAUGGCUGGCCUGCUGUGCCCCUCCAAACCAGACGAGGGCGCCACUUCCCAGGAGCCGUGGUGGUCCAGCCCGAGCCGGGGCUUGCUGGAGCGCCGAGAGCAGCACCAGAGUCGUGUGGCGGGGGACAAGAGCCCCAUGGACAGCCAGGGCAACAGCAGCAGCGAGGCCUGGGACAAUCAGGGGCCCCUCUCCCUUGGGGCCCCCAGCCCCCUGAGCCACGACGCCAGCCCAGAGGCCGACGACUACCAGUACUGUGAUCCCUCCAUGUCUCCCCCCCUGCACCCCUCCAAGAGGCACGCCUCCAACUCCCCUCCCGUCAGCAACCAGGCCACGAAAGGUACGUGGACAAGUCCUUGAUUCUCUCCAUUCAUCUAGUAAUUAGUUGAUGUUCUCAGGGAUUAGAUGCUACUGUGACACAACUCUCUCUUUAUUUAGCACGUCAGCCAUUCAUGUGAGGUGUCGGGUUUGUUUUUCAGGCAAGCGGCCCAAGAAAGGAAUGGCCACGGCCAAGCAGAGACUGGGGAAGAUCCUGAAGAUGAACCAGCACAAUGGUGUCUUUGUAUAG